AUGAUUUCAAAAAGUCAAAUUCUUUUUUCAGUUGUACCACGUUCAUCAGCAUUUAUCAUCAACAAGAUCCGUAUCAAUCUAGCUGCAAAAACAUCUUUUUCUUCUCUUCAAUGUUCUCAUCAUUAUUCUACAAAUUCCGCCGUCACUUCAUCUUCUCAACCUAAAAUUCCACAUUUUAUCACAUUAGCAGAUUUUUCAUCAACCCAAAUUUACAAUUUACUUGUUUCAUCGAUUAAUCACAAGAACAAUGCAAAGUAUCUAAAUAAAUCAUCGGGUGCGCCAUUGGCUGGAAAGAGUUUAGCACUUAUGUUUUCAAAAAGAUCUACACGGACUAGAGUUGCUACCGAGACUGCAGUUGCUUAUUUAGGUGGUCAUCCAUUUUUCCUUGGAUCCCAGGAUAUUCAAUUGGGUGUCAAUGAAUCAUUACUUGACACAAGUAAAGUUUUAUCAAGUAUGGUUGAUGGAAUUAUGGCACGUGUUGGAUCACAUGAUGAAAUUGAGACUCUUGCCAAAUAUUCUUCUGUGCCAAUUAUAAAUGCAUUAUCCGAUAAAUACCAUCCAACACAAAUUCUUGCCGAUCUGAUGACACUACAUGAGGUCUAUUUACCACAAUCUGCCUCUUAUAAUGCACAUUUAACACACCCAAAAGAAACCUUACCUGGUCUCAAAAUCGCGUGGGUUGGCGAUGGAAACAAUAUUUUACAUAGUAUGCUAGUCACUUUCCCCAAACUAGGUAUUCAUUUGUCGGCUGCAACUCCUAAAGGUUAUCAACCAAACACUGAAGUGGUUGCAAUUGCGAAACGUGAUGCGGCAAAGACUGGUGCAAAAUUAUCACUUACUUCCGAUCCAAAGGAAGCUGUUCAUGAAGCUGAUGUCAUCGUUACUGAUACUUGGAUGAGUAUGGGUCAAGAAUCCGAAAAAGAAAAACGUCUUCUAGAUUUCGCCGGGUAUCAAGUCACAUCGGAAUUAGCCAAAGAAGGGGGUGCUAAAUCAGACUGGAAGUUUUUACAUUGUUUGCCACGUAAACAGCAUGAGGUCACCGACGAGGUUUUCUAUUCUCCGAGAUCUGUCGUUUUUCAAGAAGCAGAAAACCGUAAAUGGACUAUUCUGGCUGUUAUCGAUGCACUUCUCGUCAAGAAAGGAUUUGAAUAA